UUGAAACCAUGAAGAUCUUUAUCUGCAAUUAUCCUUUAUACUAUAGUAUACUGCCUCUCUGUGAAUACUGUAACUGUGAAUUUGUGUGUGUUACAGGCACAAGUAUAUGAAAAUGGGAGACUGGAAUUUGCUGGGCAGCAUUCUAGAGGAAGUCCACUUCCAUUCAACCUUGGUGGGGAAGAUCUGGCUGACCAUGCUAUUCAUAUUCCGUAUGCUGGUGCUUGGAGUGGCAGCAGAGGAUGUUUGGGAUGAUGAACAGUCAGCAUUUAUCUGUAACACCCAACAGCCUGGCUGCAGCAACAUUUGUUAUGAUGAUGCUUUCCCCAUUUCUUUGAUCAGGUACUGGGUUUUACAGAUUAUCUUUGUAUCUUCUCCCUCUCUUGUAUACAUGGGCCAUGCACUUUAUAGACUCAGGGCCUUUGAAAAGGAGAGGCAGAGGAAGAAAGUACAACUUCGUGCCCUGCUGGAAGAACCUGAGCAUGACCAAGAGGAGCACCAAAGAAUUGAGAAGGAACUGAGGAGAUUAGAGGAACAGAGGAAGGUACACAAGGCACCCCUGAAAGGAUGCUUGCUACGUACUUAUAUAUUGCAUAUCUUGACCAGAUCUGUAUUGGAAGUAGGGUUUAUGACAGGGCAGUAUAUUCUCUAUGGGUUUCAAAUGCACCCCCUUUACAAAUGCAGUCGAUUUCCUUGCCCCAAUUCAGUGGACUGCUUUGUGUCCAGGCCCACAGAGAAGACCAUUUUCAUGUUGUUCAUGCACACCAUAGCAGCUAUCUCCUUGUUCUUAAACAUUUUGGAAAUAUCUCACUUGGGAAUCAGGAAAAUCACCAAGGCAUUAUAUGGUGGGUCUAGUAGUGAGAGUGAAAGGGAACUGUAUCACUCAAAGAAAAAUUCAGUGACCCAGCCCUGUGUAACUCACUCUUUAUUACAUGAGAGCAUCCCUUUGUCCCAGCCUCCUAACCACUUUUGGCUAGAGAAACAAGUAAUUGGAACUGGUAAUACAGAGUAUAAAACAGCGUGGCAACCCAACCAUCACAACCAGACUGAGGGAGCACCUCCACCUGGCAAGAAGAACUGGUCCAAGAGGGAUCGGCAUCAUAGAGUGUUUCAAUUUAGCUCUCAUUGUCCUCAGGAUCUUGAUUAUGGUGUCCAGCACUUACAACACUGCAAACAUCAGAACCAUGGACAGCACCCACGUUCUUCCUUCAGUAAAAGGGGCAUUCUUUCCAAAUCGCAUCAGGCCAAUCUUACAAAUUGCUCUUCUUGCACACUAAGUCCAGGGGAACAGCCCUACAGUCUUUGGAGCCCAAGCAGGUCCUCAAUAGACUUGACUGCUCACUGCAAGACAAGUGAUAACAUCAAGUCAGAGUGUUUUGACUCGGCAGAGAAAGGGUCUCACCCAGGUAGCCGUAAAGCCAGUUUCCUAUCUAGGCUUUUGUUUGAGAAGGGCCAGUUAUCCAAAGCUUCAGAAAGCUCUGAUUCCCAGCAUAGCUCUAUCUUGGACUUCCAGCACUGGGGUGAAGAUGACCAUGCCUCCAGCUCUCCGCCUCCAGGCACUGGGCGCAGAAUGUCAAUGGCAAGUAAAGAGCAACAGGCCCCUGCUCUUGUGAGGUAUAGUCUAAUCGUGUAGCUGGCACCACAUCUGGGUGCUCUGAUGGUAUCCCAAACUCAUAUUUUCUCCAUUGUCUUCUUUAGGGCUACCCUUUCACACCUUCUGUCUCAUUAGACAUUGUGAGGGGAAGGAGAGGAGGAGAUAGAUGUGAGUGAUUAACAUGUGUUUUUUUGUGGAAUCAUUUAUCCAAAUCACUUUAGUUUAUAGAAAAAGGAGUGCUGCUUAUGUAUCUAAGCAAGAAGCCACACCAUUUGAAUAUCACUGCUUUUUUAAAUGAUCUUCUACAAAUAUGUCACAAUAAAGGUUUAGUAAGUUUCAAAAAAAAAAGUAAUGAAUUUCCUUUAUUGUAAAGCAGAAGAGAGAAAAGGAAAAUUUUUGCUACUGACAUGAAUAUCAGACAAAUUCUGCCCUUUUAAAAAGCCAGUUAGGUAAGGAAGCUCUAUUAUUGUGGUGUUCCCCAAACACAAAUCAUUGGAUUAUAGAUAUAGAUAUAGAAUUA